AUGGCCUUGGAGCGGGCUCUGCAGGCCGCCCGCCAGGGAGACGUGGACACGCUCAAGUCGCUGCAGGCGGAAGGGCAGCUGCAGCCGGCGGCGCUCCGGGACCCGCUGGGCGCCUCGCCGGCCCACCACGCGGCCCGCGCCGGGAAGCUGAACUGCCUGCGCUACCUGGUGGAGGACGCGGCGCUGGCGGGCUGCGGGAGGGCGCGCAACGGCGCCACGCCGGGCCACGACGCCGCCGCCACCGGCAACCUGGCCUGUCUGCAGUGGCUGCUCACCCAGGGAGGCUGCCGCGUCCAGGACACAGACAAUUCCGGUGCCACGGUCUUGCACUUGGCUGCCCGGUUUGGCCACCAUGAAGUGAUCGAUUGGCUCCUGCGCUUUGGGGGCAGCGACCCGCUAGCAGCCACUGACACGGGCGCUUUACCCAUUCACUACGCCGCUGCCAAAGGAGACCUGCCCUCCUUGCGACUCCUCAUCGGGCAUUGUCCCAGCUCAGUCAGUGCCCGAACCAAGAAUGGUGCCACACCCCUUUACUUAGCCUGCCAGGAGGGCCACCUGGAGAUCAUCCGGUACCUGGUCCAGGACUGCGGAGCUGACCCCCAUGUGCGCGCGAAUGACGGGAUGACGCCUCUCCACGCCGCUGCCCAGAUGGGUCACAACACCAUAAUUGUCUGGCUGAUGAGCUUCACCGAUGUCAGCCUCUCGGAGCAGGAUGACGACGGGGCCACCGCCAUGCACUUUGCUGCCAGCCGCGGCCACGCCAAGGUGCUGAGCUGGCUGCUCCUGCACGGAGGGGAAAUCGCGGCUGACCACUGGGGGGGGACCCCCCUGCACGACGCCGCCGAGAACGGCGAGCUGGAAUGCUGUCAAAUCCUCGUGGUGAAUGGGGUGAACCUCGGCCUCCGGGACCAGGACGGCUACACAGCAGCCGACCUCGCGGAUUACAACGGGCACGUGCAUUGCGCCAAGUACCUGCGCACCGUGGAGAACAUGAGUGUGGAGCACCGGGUCCUCUCACGGGACCCCUCCACCGACCUGGAGUUCAAGCAGCCCGACUCCGGCAUGUCCUCUCCCAACACAACCAUGUCUGCUCCGCAGGCCCACUUCGACAUCGGAUCGCCAAGCAGCACCCUGUCCAACUACGACUCCUGCAACUCCAGCCAGUCCAGCACCGGGGAGAAACGGAACAGCCAAGGCUCCCGAGUCCCCGAAACAACCAUCACAGAUAUGCAAGCUUAUAUGGACAUGCUGAAUCCUGACCUGGGGCCAGGUCAUGGCAAGCAAAGGGGUGAAGCUUCUCCACCUCCACCUCCAAAUUUCCCUGCACCUCCCCCACCCCCCAACUCCAAGGUGCCCCCACCCCCUCCUGGCUACCCAGCACCAAAACCUCCGGAGCUUCAGCACACGGCCGAGAUCUACGUGCAGGCGAAGAACAAACUUCGGCACGUCGAGAGUGAGGCACUGAAGAGAGAGCUCACGUCCCUUGAGAACGGCCCGGAACUGCGGCGUGUGGACUCCAGCAGGAAGUCGCGGAGCUUCAGCAAGCAGCCCAGCACGGGGGACUAUUACAAGCGCCUGGGCAGCGCAGAGCAAGACGGAAGCAGCCACGGGAUGGCGCACAGCGAGGAGGCCUCCCUUCCGUCCAGCGAGAACAUGCAGAAUGGAAGCUCGGCUGAGAACAAGCCCUCUGGAGAGGUGCCUCCCCCUCCUUCGCCCCCACCACUCCCCGAGGGUGCCUGUCAGCCUCCCCCACCCCCUCCACUGCCGGCGGAGAAUCACCCGUCCUCGGCCAGCCAGCGGCGCUCAUCUUCCUCAACUGGAAGCACCAAGUCCUUCAACAUGAUGUCCCCGACCAGUGACAACUCGGAGCUGCUGGCGGAGAUCAAGGCUGGGAAGAGCCUCAAGCCGACCCCGCAAAGCAAGGGCUUCACCACCAUCUUCUCGGGCUGCGGCCAGGUUGGCGCCAACGUUGAGAACCCCCCAUCUUCCUUGUCGCCUAGCAGGACGCCAACUCCUCCCUCCACCCCGGAAGCAGCCUCCAUGCCCGGAGCGGCCACCUCGCCUGAGGCAGUGGUCAAUGGGUCCUCGCCACUGCUUGCCUCCCUGGCCCCAGCUGGCCAGGUGGACAUAGAGGCCCUGAUCCCCACUCACGAUGAGCAGGGCCGCCCCAUUCCUGAGUGGAAGCGGCAGGUCAUGGUGCGCAAACUUCAGAUGAAGAUCCAGGAGGAGGAAGAACAGCGCCGCAAGGAGAGAGAGGAGGAGGCCCGGCUGGCCACCAUGCCGGCCUGGCGGAGGGAGAUCCUGCGCAAGAAGAUGGAGGAGGAGAGAGAGCAGAAAAGAAAAGAGCAAGAGAAGCUGCGACAGGAAGAGGAGGAGAAAGAGAAGGAGCAGUCAGAAAAGCUACGGACUCUCGGGUACGAUGAGACCAAACUGGCGCCAUGGCAGAGGCAGGUCAUCCUCAAAAAGGGGGACAUAGCAAAGCACUAG